GGGAUGGAAAACCUCACGCCAGAACAAUGGCGCGAGAUUAUGAACAAAAAGAUGCAGUUCCCGCCGGAGCUCAUCGGUGCUAUUCAGGAAGGGAAAACAGAACUGGUAUGUGGACUGUUGAAGACCGGUGAUGGCAUCAUCCGACAGCUGGAUGACUCAGAGGAUCGCCUGUGGAGGGAGGCCCUCAACUUGUCCAUCCGCCUGGGAGGCGAGGAUGUCAUGGAUGCCCUUCUGCAAGGGGUCAAGUUUGACUUCCGGCAGAUUCACGAGGCCCUGCUGGUUGCCGUAGACACCAACCAACCUCAUGUGGUAAAGCGCCUGCUGGACCGCCUGGACCAGGAGAAAGGCAACAAGAUGGACGUGCGCUCUUUCUCUCAGGCCAUCUUUGACCACUCUAUUGAUAACUCCCAGUUUGCCCCUGGUGUGACUCCUCUGACCUUAGCCUGCCAGAAAGACCUGUAUGAUAUAGUCACCAUGCUCAGCCUAAAAGGUCACGGCAUCCCAUGGCCACACAAGAUGUCCUGUGCCUGUCUGGAGUGCCGUAACGGCCGGCAGUAUGACCUCUUGAAGUUCUCCUUGUCUCGCAUCAACACCUAUCGCGGCAUUGCCAGCCGUGCCUACCUGUCCAUCACCUCUGAGGACGCCAUGCUCAGCGCUUUCAGCCUCAGCAGAGAGCUCCGCAAGCUCUCACAAAAAGAGCCAGAGUUCAAGCCUCAGUACCUGAGCCUUGAGGAGCUUUGUCAGGAGUUUGCCGUUGAGUUGCUGGGAAUGUGUCGCAACCAGAGUGAGGUGACCACUAUUCUGAACAGCUGUGGAGAACAGAGCCAGGACUCCUUCGACCAACAGGCCUUUGAGGAGGGAAUACCCAACCUUUCACGUCUGCGCCUCGCUGUCAACUACAACCAGAAGCAGUUUGUAGCCCAUCCAAUCUGCCAGCAGGUGCUGUCAUCAAUCUGGUGUGGGAACCUGGCCGGCUGGCGAGGCAGCAGGACAGCCUGGAAGCUGUUUGUGUCUGUCUGCAUUUUCCUCACCAUGCCCCUCCUCUGCCUUGUAUACUGGAUUGCACCAAAGUCAAAGGUAGGAAAGCUGCUAAAGAUACCUGUGAUCAAGUUUCUCCUUCACUCAGCCUCCUACCUGUGGUUCCUCAUCACAUUACUCGGAGAAUCAAUAACCAUGGAGAUGUAUCGAGACAUAUUUGCUUCAAGGCAGCAGAACAUCUUGCACAGUUCCUUCCACAUGGUGUGGGUGGUCGGAUUCUUCUGGUAUGAGUGUAAGGAAGUGUGGAUUGAAGGGCUGCGGAGUUACUUCCUUGACUGGUGGAACUGCUUGGACAUGAUGGUGCUCAGCAUGUACCUGGCGUCCUUUACAUUACGUGUGCUCAUCAUGCUCAAAGGUUACGUCCUCUGUCCUGAUGCUAACAGUACAGAGGAGUGUGUCUACUUCACUCAGACUGUACGUAAAGACUGGCAUCAGGAGGACCCCCAGCUGAUUUCAGAGGUGCUGUUUGCAGUGACUAGCAUGUUGAGUUUCACACGGCUGGCGUACAUUCUGCCAGCCCACGAGUCUCUGGGAACUCUGCAAAUCUCCAUAGGGAAGAUGAUUGAUGAUAUGAUGAGAUUCAUGUUUAUACUGAUGAUCAUUGGAACAGCCUUCCUCUGUGGCAUCAACAAUGUUUAUGUUCCGUAUGUCAUCUCUCCACACCUUGGCAGGUUUAAUGAGACAUUCCACUUCCUGUUCUGGACCAUGUUUGGCGUGGCCAACCAGGACUAUGUGGAUAUGCCACAGUUUGUGUUAGCAGAGUUUGUUGGAAGGAUUCUGUAUGGCAUCUUCACACUCGUCAUUGUGAUCGUCCUCCUCAACAUGCUUAUUGCUAUGAUCACCAACUCUUUUCAGAAAAUUGAGGAUGAUGCAGAUGUAGAGUGGAAAUUUGCACGGUCAAAGCUGUAUCUCAGUUACUUCAGAGAGGGUCUCACCAUGCCUGUUCCCUUCAACAUCAUCCCUUCACCCAAAGCCUUCUUUUACAUUAUAAGGGGUAUCUGUAGACGAAUCUGCUGCUGCUGCUGUUGUAAUUCUGAGACAAAAUACCCUCCCAUAACCUCAAUGUCCAAUGAAAAGGGAUCUAAUGAGAGCCAGUUACCUUACCGGCAGCAAGUGAUCAGAGCUCUGGUGCAGCGCUACAUCGAGUCAGCUCGCAGGGAGUUCAAGGAGACCAAGAGGAAAGAUAUUGGUAAUCGGAUCACUGAGCUGAACAAAGCCAUAUGCAGGAUGCACAGUGAUAUAAAGCUACUGCAUCAGUAUCUGGUGGAAGAUGGAAACCCUGCAAUGACCAAGGACAGCUCCUCUUUUCUGGGGAAAUACAUCAUUGGUGCCAAGAACAAUUUCAGAGGUUUUAAUAGCAAACAAGAUGAUAAAAAUACAUUGCUUAACGUGACAGUGCAUAACGGAGAGGAAGAGGAGGAUCAAGAAAAGGUUGAUAUAAAGCAGGAGUCAGGAGCCCAACAGAAUCAGGUGGGCGAACCCGCAGCAGAGGGAUCAAAGCGGGUAACUGACUGUGAUGUAGUGAAGAUGGAGGAAGGCAGAGCUAACGUAGAGCAAGGAGAUAAGAAGGAAACAGAGAAAAAAGAACAGGCGGAAACAGACAAAAAUGACAAUAGUGACAGCGAAGUGAAAGGGGAGAUAGCAGCAGGUGCAAGUUUUAAUAACGUAGAAGAAAAGGUCGAGGGCACACAAGAUGAGGCAGAAACAAGAAAGGAAGGAGAGACCCUCACGGGGGAGAAGGUGGAUGAAAAACACACAGGCAUGAGCCCCGAACAAACUGAAAACAUGAAAGUCGAUGAUGAACACACUGACACAAAUAAAGUCAUGAACAGCUUCAAAGACAUAGAGCUGCAAGAGAAAAAAGUGGAAGCAAGGUGGGUGAAAGGCAGGAAGUUCGAGCGCAAUAUAACAGAGAGGUCUGGGGUCAAGGAGAGCCACGAGAGACCUGGAACCAAGAAGAUUAUUCCUUCACCAACAGGCAGCAGCAGCUCGCAAGAUACAGGCUUUGGUUCCCAAGAGGGGGAGGGAUCGAUUGAUGGGAUGCUAGUGAGCCCGUAA